GCUCCAUUAGAUGAUGCUUUUGCGGUUUGUGGCCAACAGCUCUAGUUUUUGUUUAUUCCCUACAGUUCCAAGAGGACAUUUCAGCGUUCUAAUAACACAAAUUACACAGAGGAUGCAGAAAUUGCAGCUGUUGGUGGUACUGACUCUUGUCCUAAUCAUCUGCGCUAAAAGAGGUCGACAUGGUUUACAGGAUAUACCCGGAGUCAGCGAAGAGAACAUGACAAAACUACGCGAAAUAUUCAAGAGUGGAAGAGAAGAAUUCAGACAGAAAAUGGAUGAUUGGCUAAAUAGUCUGCCCGAAGAAGAGAAGAAAGUUGCAGAAGCCCAUAGGGAGGAAAUUCGUAAAAGACACGAAGCUCGUCGUGCUCAAAAAGCUGGGGGUGACGCCGAAGCUGAAAGUGAUGACUGAAUAUGCUGCAUUAUCAUUGAAAGUGCUCGCAAACACUUCUAUUUCCUACAUAAAUAAAGUUG